AUGGCUUCCAAACUCCUGCGUGCGGUCAUCCUUGGGCCGCCGGGCUCGGGCAAGGGCACCGUGUGCCAGAGGAUAGCCCAGAACUUUGGCCUUCAGCAUCUCUCCAGCGGCCACUUCUUGCGGGAGAACAUCAAGGCCAACACGGUUGGUGAUAUGGCAAAGCAAUACAUAGAGAAAGGCCUUUUGGUUCCCGAUCAUGUGAUCACACGCCUCAUGCUGCUGGAGUUGGAGAACAGGCGCGGCGAGCACUGGCUACUCGAUGGUUUUCCUCGAACAUUAGUUCAGGCUGAAGCCUUGGACAGAAUAUGUGACCUGGAUCUAGUGAUCACUUUGAACAUUCCAUUUGAAACGCUCAAAGAUCGUCUCAGCCGACGUUGGAUUCACCCUCCCAGUGGAAGGGUAUAUAACCUGGACUUCAACCCACCUCAUGUACAUGGGAUUGAUGACGUCACUGGUGAACCAUUGGUCCAGCAGGAGGAUGACAAACCUGAAGCAGUUGCUGCCAGACUAAGACAGUACAAGGAUGUGGCAAAACCAGUCAUCGAAUUAUACAAGAGCCGAGGAGUGCUCCAUCAGUUUUCGGGAACCGAGACUAACAAAAUCUGGCCCUAUGUUUACACGCUUUUCUCGAACAAGAUCACACCUGUUCAGUCCAAAGAAGCCUACUGAGCCUGCGCAGUGGAAGAACCAGGAAGAUAUGGUCAUUCGUUCAACUGUGUGUGUAGUGUUGGUGCCAUGCCCCAGUUAGCAGCUAGCUGAGAUAGCUUGCAGUGUCUUUUCUAGUUUUAAUGGUGAACAGACAUGAAAACUAAUGAAUAGAGUGAGUUAAUGACGAGGCUCUUCUCUGCCUUUCUAAAAGAGGGGCCACCUACACGUGUUUAAGAUGUCCCUGCACAUGUCUCAAGUUCUCUAUAAGAAAGGAAGCAACACAGGCUGGAUUCCAAGCGGUGUAUCACCCAAGCUCUAGUUGAUUUUCCAUGGCCAGGUUGUUGCCAUAAUAGCUUUUCCACACGUGACGGUGGUGCUCCCUGGCUCUCCCCAGCCCCUAAAGGCUGUUGAAACAUAGCACCAGGAGGCCUGAGAAUGCCAGGGGCUAAGCUGCCUCUGUCCCUGGCUCUCUGGCAUGUGCCUUCCUGGUGACAGUGGGAUUGAAACAGUAGCUCUCAGUGAUUGCUUCUCUGGCCUUGAGUGACUGCCCGCAGUUCAUUUUCUUUCCGUUAGGAAUGCCGCCUUCUCUGCAUCCG